AUGUCACAAUCCUCGCACACAACAGACCGUCCAGCGAACAAGUCGCCUCACGCUGCAGAAAGACACAAUCCGCCACCGCAGCCCUCCAGUGCAAGCGCAGACUCAUCGAGGCCGAGCACAGCCAGUGCUGCUAGGACGGAGGCGCAUGACUUAUAUGGUGGUUACGCCUCAUCGGUGAGGCCUGUGGGAGAUGUCAACGUCAGUACGGGUCCCAGGUCUCGCCGACCUUCGACGGAGCCCAUGUCCAAUCAGCCUCCAUCGCGGCCACUCGGUAUGGAUAGCAUACUGAACCCUCAGGCGGAAUCCGAGCCCAUCAAUCCCUCGCAUGUCAGACCCAUGUAUCCGUCUGGGAGGAGUGUUGCAGCAACCCUUGUUCCCCGCCCCAGUGAAUCUCCGCGAGGUCGAAAGCGUACAGACCCAAGAUCGCCUACGAGGGAGGAUGAUCAGUUUACGUCGGCACCGGUAGGCAGACGCGUGCUGACCCCAAAGUCACCAGCAGUUCGUGCUGCAAGCCUAGGUGCAAAACGGAACCCGCUCCUCACUUCCAGUGUCCAUUCCUUGCAGCCCUCUGCAGGCUCCGGUGGACGGGUGUACACCGCAGAACCCGGUCCAUAUAGAUCCUCAGACAUACCUCCUCUGCCGCCCUUGGCUAUCGCAACUGGUCCGAGUCUGCCCAGUCUGGCGCCAUUGGAGCCUGCACGCCACGGUCCGCCGACACAUGGUCUCCAAAGUCCGGGUCGCGGGUACGAGACCUUGAACACGCUUCCCAGUGAGCCGUCGUCCGCCUCGCAGACAUCCUAUGGUCAGAUGGAGCAGAUAUCACCGAUUUAUCGCUAUGGCAUUGGACGAGCGCCCUCUCAGCCCCCUACUGGGUUCAGAGUAUUGCCCGCCGGAAUAAUGGGUGGAUAUCAAGCUCAUGGGCCUCACGAAGGUUAUCAAUCCGCCCAGCCUUCAUAUCAGAUGACGCUGGACACCGACCAAGGCCCCAUGGUGGUACCUGUGCAAUUGGAUCUACAGCAAGCGUCCAAGGUUGCAGACGAGAAGAGGAAACGCAACGCAGGUGCAUCCGCACGGUUUCGAGCACGAAGAAAAGAAAAGGAGAAGGAAGCGUCCCACACCAUUUCGGGUUUACAGCAGGAACUCAGGGACUUGGCCGAAGAACGAGACUUUUAUCUCUCCGAGAGGAAUUUCUUUCGCGAUCUUGCCAGCCAGCACAUUUCUCCGCGAUUGUUGCAAAGACCUCCUUCUCCCCGACACCGAAGACUCCUUUCAGCAACAGGACCCAGUGCCAACAGCGGCGUAGCGAACGCAUCACCCCGGGAAGAAGAACCAUAUCCGGAAUUCUCGGAGUCAGGCUCAACAGCUCAACGGCGUCGUACCGGCGACUACCAGCCAUUCUUCCUCGGACGGCAAACUCAUUCACCUUCUACGUCCUCGUCGGGUGCCGCAUUUCCCGUGGAGACUACUCUCCCUCCCCCACCCCGGCCUGGCGGACCCAGUUCCUAUGGACCACCCAGGUCCCUGCCUACAGGUUCAGUCCCUCCUUCAACAACGCCAACAACGCAGGCACAAUCAUACAACUCUUUCCGCCGAGGUUUUUUUGACCGUCCUUGGAAUCGAUGA